AUGCGUCUCUUCGCCAUUGUCGCAUCGCUGGCCGCCGCAGUCUCUGCCCAGCAACUCCUCGUAUACAGCGACACGGCGCUUCCUUCGUGCGCUCAGCAAUGCACCGUCCUCCAGAACGCCCAGACGGGCUGCAUCCCUCCGGCCGCUCCAGUCACCGACGCCGUCAUCUACGAGUCGUGUUUCUGCCAGUCUGGCUAUCUCACUACCCUCAAGGCUGCUGGCUCCACCAUCUGCUCCGACGUGUGUGAAGCCGCCGAUGUGGCCAAGAUUGCGUCCUGGUACCAGUCCAACUGCGCCGACAACGGUGUCGCUGCUGCUGCUAGACUCCAGNNGUGGGCCGACCACUGGAAGUGGAUCGUCAUGCUCAUCGUCGUCUUUGUCGGAUUGGGCAUCCUCACCGUCAUCCUCGUCCUUCUGCGCCGCCGCCAUCGCCGCCGUCAAGACGUUGCCAACGCUCCCUUCAACUCGGGAAUCACCCGCCAUUCGAUACCCGCCCUCUCCGUCACACCUCCCACACUCGGCAAAGCCUCCAGCAAUCAAGCCAGCAGAACGAGUCUACCAAGAGUCAGAGAAAAGGACAGAAUGACCGUCACCGAUGUGCCAGUCCCUCCAUUGCCUGCAUCCCAUGAUUUUGCAACAAAAGAAAGAGGAAGCACUCCGGACAUUGAGUACGGACGUGCGAGCUAA